AUGAGUUCAGCGUACGGUGAUGCCUAUGCGGUCAAGAUGACUUCGGGUGUCUUGGUGACUUGCGACUCGGCGGCGAAACAGAUCUUACUUCAUUUGGAUUCGAUGAGAGACGGUCCUUAUAAAUUCAUGAUCCGCGAUGUCGACGAAACUCAUAUAAUGAUCAAGAGAGAGUACGUAGAAGAGAUCAAAGAGUUGUUACAAGAUGAGUUAGAGAAAAAUACAUAUAUUCAAGACCCGAAUUUAUAG